AUGCUGGGAAAUAACGAACACUUUUAUCCCGGCCAGGAUGACAAAGAUGGGGAGGAUGAGGAGGAGGAGGAGGAGCAGGGAAGAGAAAACAGAGAAGGGGAAGAUGGAAGUGACACGGAGAAUGGAGAGUUAGAAGAUCUAGAGGAGAAGGAAAUGACGGGAGGACGACAAUCCUGGGAAGGGAAAGGUGGCGAGGUGGUGAAACCAGCAGCCAUUGUGGUCGGUAGACAGAGAGCAGACCGACAACUGAAGCUUGGCAACCUGGGCAAACGUGGUAUUGCAUACAUGUCCAAUCAGGCCCUGCUACAUCAUCAACCAGCCAAUAAGCAACAGCAUCAUCAUCCCAUCGCACCCAAUCAGCAGUCUCAUCACGCAGGCCCGACUGCACUGCAGAAGAGACGAGCUCUCAUGGAGCGCAGCAUGACCACAAUGGCUCCCAUUGAGGACACUUUCCUGACCAUGAUGGUGUUCCGCAUUGGAAUUCCUGACAUCAAACAAACAAGGUGUCUCCAGUUUGACCAGGACUGCACGGUAUGGAGCGCUAAGCAGCAGAUCAUCUGCUCCCUCAACGAGCCGCUGUGGGACACCUACAACUACGGCCUCUUCCAGCCGGCCGCAGAUGGACGGGACGCCAAGUUCCUGGAGGAGGAGAGAGCCCUGCGAGACUACUCACAGACCUUUGAGAAAGGGGUGCCCUACCUGGAGUUUAGGUACAAAACCAGAGUAUACAAACAGACGAAUCUGGAUGAAAAGGCGCUCUCCAAACUCAGCACCAAGGCCAGUCUGAAGAAAUUCCUGGAUUACAUUCAGACUGGAGCGAUAGAGAAAAUGACAAAGGUCCUCGAUAAAGGUCUUGAUUCAAAUUUUCAUGACCCUGAGAGUGGAGAGACCCCGCUCUCUAUAGCCAUGCAGUCGGGCCUGCUGUUGGAGGGCAUCAGGUUGCUGGUUCAGGGCGGCGCUCAUUUGGAUUUUAGGAGCAGAGAUGGCUUCACACCGGUGCACAAAGCUGUUAGGGCUCACAAUCACUCUGGGCUGCUUGCUCUCUUAUCCCUUGGAGCAUCUCCAAACUACAAAGAUCGCUGUGGCCUGACCCCGCUGUACCACACUUUACUGACAGGGGGCGACACUUCCUGCUGUGAGACCUUGCUGUAUUACAGGGCGAGGCUGGGGACAAGGGAUGAGAAUGGCUGGGACGAGUCCCAUCAGCACAGGGAUGAAGAAGAGUUUGGAAUGGAAGAAAUACACAAGGCUUGCCAGAAUGGUUUUGCACAGCACUUGGAGCAUCUGUUGUUUUAUGGGGCAAACACCUCCUCUCAAAAUGCCUCAGGGAACACUGCACUACACAUUUCUACCCUCUAUAACAAGGAAAGCUGUGUCCGCGUUCUUCUGUACAGGGGAGCAAAUAAGGAGGCAAAGAACCAGCUUGGUCAGACUCCUUUUCAGCUAGCUAUAAUGUCUGGUCACUUUGAACUUGGGGAAAUCAUCAAAAACCACAAAGAUUCUGACAUAGUGCCCUUUUUGGAAUCGCCAAAGUAUGUUCCCAAGCGAAAAGAGAGCGUCCACACGCUGCCUCUCCCCUCACUUCAUUCCCACCCCCUACUGCGCGCUAACAGCGAUAACUCCAUGACCCAGUCUGACCCCCUGGCCCUGCCCAACAAAGCUGCAACCAAUCCCAACCCGGGACAGGGCCAACGCAGGGCCUCCAUUGGCAUGAGAAGCUCAAGCAGCCCUAGAACUCAUACUCGCUCUCCAUCCCGGGGUAGAGGAGGCCAAAGUGACACAGAGGAGAGGCACCGGCCACCAAGAGGCAGACAGGGUGCAACCUCAGCGGGCAGCGGAGGAGGUCAGAUAAAGCGUAUGUACAGCGCAGUGCCAGGGCGCAUGUACACGGCCUCUCGUGCCUACUCUGCCAGCGGAGACAAAGAGCUCUCACUUAACAAAGGGGACAAAGUUAAAGUGUUAAGUGUAGGAGAAGGGGGAUACUGGGAAGGAACAGCGAAAGGUCGCACAGGCUGGUUUCCCUCAGACUGUGUAGAAGAGGUGGCGGCUCUCAGCAAAGACAACCGAUCGGAGACGCGCAGUGAGAAAGCCAAGAGGAAGCUUUUCCGUAACGUCACUGUUGGAACCUACGAUGGCACUGAUGGCCCCAGUGACUACAUCAUUAAGGAGAAGACAGUGCUCCUACAGAAGAAAGACAAUGAAGGCUUUGGCUUUGUGCUUAGGGGAGCCAAAGCUCAGACUCCAAUAGAGGAGUUCACUCCAACGCCAGCGUUCCCCGCGCUGCAGUAUCUGGAGUCUGUCGAUGAGGGGGGCGUAGCCUGGAGGGCGGGCCUGAGGAUGGGGGAUUUCCUCAUCGAGGUGAACGGCCAUGAUGUAGUGAAGGUUGGCCACCGGCAGGUGGUUAACAUGAUCAGACAGGGCAGCAACAGCCUUAUGGUGAAAGUUGUGAUGGUUGCUCGAAACCCUGAACUGGAGGACACUGCUCGGAAGAGAGCCCCGCAGCAGACUAAAAGACUGACUCCUCCUGCCAUUGCGCUGCGCUCCAAGUCAAUGACAUCAGAGCUGGAAGACAUGGUGGACAAAGCUGCGUCUCCAUGGAAAAAGAAAGCAGAAUACGAGUCCUCUCUUGGUCCUGAUAAGAAGAGGACCGUCUAUCAGAUGGCACUAAAUAAACUGGAUGAAAUUUUGGCUGCUGCCCAACACACUAUUACAUCAGACAACCAGGGCCAGAGGGGUCAUGGAGGCAAGAGGGACCGGAGCAAGAGUAUUGUUCCCAACGUCUCCAAUGAGCAACCCUAUGAGCAUCAGUCAUCAGUGAGUAUGGUGCAGCCCGGACCAGGUUUUGGCUACAACCAAGCUCAUUUUCAACCCGGCCACACUCAGCAUGCAGUCAUGAUACGUCAAAAAUCUAUUGGUGUAACAGAGGAGGAAAGACAGUAUCUACACCCACCUGCUAUGAAACUGGCUCGCAGCCUGUCAGUGCCUGGACCGGAGGAAAUACCCCCACCCCCUAACACAUCCGCCCCAGAACCACCUUUAUCAGCAGGUCCUCAUCCUGGAAGAGGGCCUGCUAUGCCCAUACCCCCUGUAUCUCAAGCCCACUACCAGCUCCAGUCCCAGCCAGGGCAUACUACACAAGCAGGCUGGGAGAGAGGAGGGCCUGGUGGGAUGAACCAGCAGGUCAUGGUCCCCACCCUCCGCAGACAAUCUGAAGGACUGUGUGGCAAAGAGCCGGAGGCUUCAAGGAGAGGUGGUGGCAAAAUGGAAGGGUUAAGGAGAGGCUACAGCAGUGCUACACCACCGACAAGUGCUAAACCAAAGGCCCAACAAGCACCGCAACAUCACACGCACAUGGCCAACCGGGAGCAGGUUGGAGCGGUUGGCAAGGGGACAACCAGGAGGGGUGGUCGAGGAGCUCUGAUGAAACAGUCGAAAGUGGAGGAUGGACUGAGACAGCACAGAGGAAAAGGAGUUGCAGCCAAAGAGAAGAGCUCCAUCCCCAUCCCCACCAUCAUUGUCAAGGCACCCUCCACAAGCAGCAGUGGGCGAAGCAGCCAGGGUAGCAGCAUGGAAGCUGAGCCCCCCCAGGAUCUUGAAGACCACACCUCAGCAGAUACAACCUCAGACAGUCCCAACACCAGUCUACCCUCACCACUCACCCCUUUGCCACCUCAGCCCCCUACGCCCACUUCCUUGCCUUCAUCAAUUGUUGCCCCAUCUGUUUCCUCGCAGCAAAACUUGGAAAACUUAGACUACACGUCAACAUACGGUACAGCCUUCAGAGGAGGAGGGGCACGCAGGGAAAGAGAACGUUUCAGAGAUAUGAGAAGAAAGAGUGCUUCUUUCUUCCUAUCAUCUGAGGAAGACAUUCAUGGGGAGGCAGGGGGGGGAGCAGGGGAGGGAGGAGUACUAGGGGCAAGAAUUCAGCCUUUACAGGGCAUACAAAUGGAAGUGCCCACCCCUCGUCUACGGCCCUCCAAGUCUAUAGAUGAGGGCAUGUUUUCGGGAGACAGCUAUGUCCACUAUUCCAGCAGCAUGCCCCCAGCCUUUGGCCUACCUGAGUAUUCUUCCCCUGUCCUUGGUCAGGAUGGUCAGCCCAAGUCAGCUCCUUCAAUGUAUGGCACACAGGCCACAACUACUUUCAUCCACCCGCUUACAGGGAAAGUUCUGGACCCCUCAUCCCCACUUGGCCUGGCCCUAGCUGCAAGAGAGAGGGCUCUAAAAGAUGACCGCAGGACACGCAGAGAGGAGAGACACUUUGGUCGGCAGCUGUCCACAGUAGGAGCGUUCCCUACCCCUGCUCAGACCCCAACUCCUUCCCUUUUUGCAACCCCUACACAAUCGGCCUACACUUCCCCUGUAUCUGUCCACCUAAGCUCCUCCACCACCACCACCACCACCUCGCCUGCAUCUGUAAGCCGGCCACAGUCACCAAGGAUAUUACGUUUGGGUGGAGGAGGUGGGGAGAGGAUGGAGAGAGAAAAGGAGGGAGCACCAAGAGAGGGUCUCAGAGUUCGCUUCUCAGAGGACCGAACCAGUCAAUAUUACCCACAGAGCCCCAGGGAAAGAGAAAGAGAAAAGGAGGUGUAUGACAGCAGACCUGCUCCACCCAAGCAGCCUCCUCCACCACCGGUUCAAUCUGCACCCCGAAGACCUUCCUUUCUGCAGAUGGAUAGCGCUCCCAACUCUAGCUACAUCCCUCAGUAUACUGUUCCCAUAGCCCAAGCACAAACGCAUGAAACUAUGGGAGAAGCAAGAGCAGGAACAGGUGGAAGUCUCGGACUGAUGGUUCUCCCUCCACCAGCUCCCUCAAUAGAUGCAGAUGAUGAGUUUGUCUUUGCAGAUCCCUUGCCCCCUCCUAUUCAGUUUGCUAAUGGUAAGAAGGAGAGAGUCCAGGAGUAUCCUCAGCAGCAUCAACACCGGAGUCAACACUCUGCUGCUGUUGCACCACCUCUCCCACCCCCUCUUCCAUCUAGCAAGCCCUCAAAUGCUCCUCAACCCUCCUCACAGGGUGGGGACUCAGCUGCCUCCAGCCUUACAUCCUACGACAGUGAGGUGGCCAAUCUUACACAGUCAGCUCUCUCCCCAUCGUAUCCGCCCCCACAGAUAUUUCCUCCUCCGCAUGCCACUACCACUAUCGCUGCACCUUUGCCUGCCACUUCACUACACAGACCCCAGCCCAUGUCUCACUCUCACACCUAUUACAGCAGCUCUAACGACCCCUCAGUAGGUGGUCACAUCCUGGCCCAGGAUAGAGGCACAGCCUCCCUCACAGCCACCAUGACCUAUGCUACCACUACCAUGACAGCCACUGCAGCCGCCACCACUACAACCCCAUUGGGAUCCUCUGACUACAGUAUGACCAUAGCCGGGCACAAGGCUGGCCGCAGCACAGGGGGCAAAGCCACUGACCAUACACAUCACCCUACUGUUAUGCCGAAGAGCGGAGACUGGCAAGAUUCCGUGGUGGAUUCCGGGAUUGAGGAGCUGGACAGUCACAGCAGUAGUGACCACCAUUUAGAAAUGCUGGGAUUGAGUGGUCUAAGAGGAGAGAGGGGAGGGAUCGGAGGAGAUGGUCAAGGAGGAGAGGGAGAGAGAGGGAGUGAGCAUCAGGAUCCUUGCACAACCUACUCAGGUGGGCAAACAUUUGAGUUGCACAGCGCCAAACUGGCAAACCCUGUGUUUCCAAGGAUGACUCAUUACAAGGAGGGAGUAGGGAAGUGCCCACCUGUUGCACUACGUAGGCAGAACAGCACCAACCCUGCUCCUUUGCAGUUGCACAGACAAAGCAACCCAGACGAUGGAGCGUUCAACACCACUCUGGCUGCCUGCUUGGAGAGGCAGCUAGACCCUCGGUCGGUGGGCUGGGUUGAGGUUGGGGAGCAUGAGCAAGGUGGAGACGGUGUACAAAGAGGUAGUAUAAUUUUAGAGGGGCGCAGACUUCACUCACCUCUUUCUGGCGUAAAGGCGAGCAUCAUCAAUGAGCUAAGUUCCAAGCUACACAAUAUGAGUAGCAUGAAGAGCAUGGACGACUGGAGCCACAGUCCAAAGUCACCCACCAUGCAUAGGUAUUCAGCAGAUUUCACUGAUGCUUUUCAUAGUCCCCCUUCUGGCCAUUCCACCUCGCCAUUACCCACCUCCUCUCCACAACAUCGUCAGAUCCUGACACCAAAUCUGUCGGCCACUCCUUCUGUCUCCCCAUCCUCCCAAGUCCCAAUUCAGCGCAACUGGACCCGCUCCCCGUCUCCACAGAUGCCUACUUCCCCAGUUCAUGCACACCCUCCCCAUUCUCCGACCUACUGCCCAUACCCAACGUCGCCGAAGCAUCGGUCCAAGUUGCGCCGGCAGACUUUUGAUUUUCAGUGCAGUCCCACUAAGGAGAUGCGGUCUUCAGUCUCUCGACGGCGAGCUCCCAGUCCUCUUAUCUAUAGCACUGAACAGCCAAACCCCAGUCCUCCCAGGCCUUCCUCUCUCCCCAUACUUCCCAGUACACCUGUCUACAACAACCCGUUUGACUUCCCCGGGCCCCUCACUCCUCCUUCGCCUGGAAUGCCUCUAGGAGAUACCUAUAACACUUCAACUCCUCCACUGUUCUCCCCAUCUGGUGUGCCAAGUGCAAACCCCCUACUUGUCUCCCGCUCUCUCUCCCCCACCCAUUUUCUUUCUGGAGCCUCCUCCCCCAUACACUUGCCACCGAGCCCAUCUUGCCUAAACUAUCCCCAUCUCACCCCUCCUGCGCCAGCCAAACCUUUUGCCGUCAAGCCCCUGCCCUACUGGACCAAGUACGAUGUGGCCGACUGGCUGGCUUACCUAAACCUGGGGGAACACAGAGAGCGUUUUAUAGACAAUGAGAUAGAUGGAUCACAUCUGCCUUCGCUCACCAAGGAUGAUUUCUUGGACCUGGGAGUCACACGUGUGGGACACCGAAUGAACAUCGAGAGGGCACUGAAGAAACUCACUGACAGGCGGCUCUCCUCUCCUUUGCAUGUCACUACUUCUCCCUGAGACACAGACUGAGAGAGUGAAAGGGUG